AAAUGAGAACCUGAGCAUGACGUUCAAUACAACUGUUUGACUGUUGGGUACUACGUAUCCCAGUGUGCACUUCUUCACUAUUCAAGCAGUUAGAGGCACACAGAAGUGUAAGGUGUACAGUUGGAGUCACUCCCCACCGAUUAAAAAGUUCGCGUAUGGACUGAGUGGAAAACCUACCAUGUUUCAGCUUUGACAUUAGAGACAAAGACAUUUGAUCUUGGAUAUACAAAAUGGCAGCCGCAAAGAUAAAGUCAAACAGUCGUACAGGAAAUCUGCUUCGUAGUAGAUCGGAGGGGACGCUGAUAGAUAUAGACGAGAAUGUGACCAUCAACAACAACAGUCUUCAUGGGGGUUAUGGUUAUGAGAUUGGAAAAAGCUCUGAGUGGCCUGUCGUACCAAAUGAAAUGGAAAAUCCAAAACAUACUAGCAACCCUUUCUGGAAUCAGAUGGGCAGGUCAAAUCCAUUCUUAAAUGAAAUUGUCCACACCAGCACCUACGAUUCUGGAGUGUCCAUGCUGAAAGAGGAUCCCUUAUCUCUGUUCGACAGUAUUAACGAGGACUCUCUCAGCACAUCAUCAGAUGAAACAAACUUUGCCCAUCUUUUAGCACCCAGACAAAACAAUUUAAACCGAUCUGGGAGGUGGAGAAGUGCCUCGGAUAUACUUGACAGCCUUGAGAAGAAGGAGGACAAGAGGUCAAUGAGACUCAGCUCUCAGGAACCAUUCCUGAAUCCUGAUUUUGAGUGGUUGAAGAAUGACAGAGAAGCUUAUAAAAUGGCUUGGUUAAGCCAUAGGCAGCUAACUAGGUCCUGUUUGGAUCUGAGCCUAAUGAAACAAAGUCCUGGAUGGGCCCAGACUCAGGCCACAGACAUUCAAAUCUUCUGCAAGAUUGACCACACUGGAGGGUCUGUGCAGUUGCCAGAGUCCGAUAUCACUGCUCAUGUUCCCCAGGGACACGUCCCCCCAGGUGAGAUCCAAGAAAUUGGCCUCAAAGUUCUCCUCGAUCCUCCCACUGGAAUAAACAACAUCUACACCACAACUCUGAGCCCUCUUUUAGAGGUCAACCUCAGUAACCAUAAUGUUUCAGGGGGCAUUUCUCUGGAAAUGAGAAUGGCUGCUAAAGUAAAAAAUGACCCCACAAGCCAAGUCUUGACCUCUUUCGUGGGUCUAGUCUCUCAAAGGAAGGAGGGACCUUAUCAGAAGAUAAAAGACUGUUACAUAUACAAUGAUGUGUUACAGAUGAAGCUUUUUGAUUUAAAACCGCACAUGUAUGUCAUAACUGCUGCUGAGGCCACACUUCUGGAACAACCUGCAAAGUCUGUAUGGGAUUACUUGGAACGCCAUAUGACAGUGGCCGUCUACGGUCCCAAGCACAUACACCCAUCGCUCAAAGUAGUACUAGUCAUAUUGAACCAUAAUAAUAUUCCACCCAGGCUCCCUUUCUCUGAUAUCCAGAGGGGUGACAGGAACCUGCCCCCUGUUGUCUUGGAGCUUUGGGGAAAGCAUCAGUUCAACCCACAUGGUCUGAAAGAUCUUCACUUUGCUACUAGAGUUUUGGAUCCAAACUUCGAAGUGAAACCGGUGGAUCAGAAUAAAGAGGUUAAGCAGGAGCAGCUUAAAGCUGGAAAAGUGCUCCAUAUACCAUUAGAUCUGGUCAAGGUGGGUGGAGGUGAAAUGAGUCCCUUCAAACUCAGCAUUGAGGUGAAGGAUACAAACAGUCUCACUUUGGGAGACUUCUAUUUCACCUCCCCUGAGGCUGCCCCUCUGAGGUCGGAAAAACACAACCACAGGCGGGCAGAUCGCCAGAGGGAAGUGACUCGUUCCGAGCCCAUUCCCGAGGAAUCAAUCCCAGAAAUCCUCACUCAGAAGUUUCAGGACAGACCUGUAGAUUUGCAUUGGUAUGGGGUAGCGAUAAAAUCGAUUCUCAGACAACCGAGAGUGGAAUAUCUCCUGGAAUACUUUAAAGGUGAUACAAUUGCUUUGCUUUCUAAGGAAACCGUUAGAUCUGUAGGUCAGAUGAAGGUUAAGGAAUGGUACAUUGGCUUUCUUCGAGGAAGAGUCGGCCUGGUGCACUGCAAGAACCUGAAGAUCAUAACCAAGGAUCAAGUCAUCGACUUCACUGGAAUUAAGCUCACCACUCCUGUCCUCUUGGAUAAUAUGACAAUUCCUUUUAAAAAACUCACCUACAUGUACUCUGCUAUUCAGACCUUAGUCACAGAGCAUGUCAAAUGCUGGAGAACCUUUGCUGAGGCCCUCGGUUACUCCGAGGUCUCAGUUGACACCAUCUCCAGAAGACAUGCUGAAACUGAGGCGGAGAAGGUGGCCUGUGUUCUAGAAAAGCUCAAGGAAGACUGUCAUGCAGAGAAGAUCAAGAAAAAGUUCCAGCAUGAGCUUAUCACUGGGUUGUUAAAGAUGGAUGUUCAAGGCGUAGUAGCCCAUCUCAUCCAGGAUAUAGUGAUUCUGUCCACAGCAGUAGAGCUUGGAGUGCGUUGGCGGGAACUUGCCGAGCGACUAGGGAAGCUCUCUGGUGCCCAGAUUGCUGCUUAUGAGGCACCACACAAAGGGAAAAAUGGAGAAGUUAGUGCCCAGUCAAUGUGGAAGCCUGCAUACGACUUUCUGUUUGCCUGGAGUAAGCGGUACGGGGAUGGCUACAGGGAUAUGAUUCAAGACCUUCACCUGGCCCUGGAUAAGAUGAAAAGCCCAGUGACCAAGCAGUGGAGACAGAUUACUGGAGCUCUCAUCACUGUCAACUGCAUGGAGGUCCUAAGGGCAUCUGCCUUCCUCAGAGGUUAGGGGACAUCUAUGGGAGCACCUGCACUUCAUAUUGAGGUGAUCAUGUUGAGUUCAUGCUGAUAGCUGUGCCAUAUUUUUAGACGUCAUAAAUAUCUACUUUUGGUGGCAUCCUUUAUGACAUCCAUUCUUUGAAAAGUACUGAAUAUUUGUUACUGUAUACACGUCUGUAUAUUAUAUGUGUUGUAUUUUAUAGACACUUUUAUAGACACUGCUGUUUCAUUGAAUUCACUGACAAACUUUUGUCUGAUUCUUAAAAGUUGUUACAAAGUUGUUACAAAGUAAUAUUAAUGUUUUUAAGGGUUGUUGGUGGAAAAAGAAAUAGGAAAUGUGUUUGUUAAUUGUGAUGAAAUCUGAAAUAUGUUUUCAUUCUAGAAGAACUGCCUCAAGGUCACCAGUUUUCUUUGUUUUACUUAAACGGUCUUGCUUGAAUUGCAAGUGUCAAUAUAAGUAUGUUUUAAUAUUUGAAGCUGUAUGUGGAAUGUCUGGUAAGUGUUACACGCAUUUUGGCCCUCUUGGAAUGUGACCCAGUGUAUCAGUAUAUCAAUAAUUUCACUAUCCCAGGAUGUACCAUUAUACUAGGUAUGAGAUCUAACGUCAUAUAUUUGUUAUACUUAAGUAUAUUGCAUGAUACUGACCAAUUGUAUUUAUCUAUUUUUGUAUUUUGUGUUUUUCUAGUUGUCAUUUUAAGUGUACUAACUACAGUGUUUAAGAGUGAGGGUCCUUGUAUAAUUGCAAACUUUUCCUGUCUUAAAAAAAUCUAUUUUGUAUUGUAUUUUUUAAUGCUAAUACACUUUAAAAUUUCUUAUAAUACUUAAAAUAUGACACCUUAUGUCAUGAAGGAGCUCUACGGUAAUGAAGAUAAUAAUAAAAACAUGUUUUUGAAAUA